UCGAGACUGAUCGCACACUUUGCAGCGCGAUUAUCAUUAAAGUUUUGAGACUAUGUUUGAGUUAAUCUUAACUGUCUAGAGCAUGUGCUUUUACGUCAUCUUAGCCGUACGUAGCUGUCUUAAAGCUUACGUGAUGAUUCACAAAGUGUCAGAUUAACGUGAACACCCCAAUCAAUCAAAAUGCCCGAGUGACAAAUGAACACAUCCCCCAAAGACGCGUAGACAGAAAUGGGUCUUCAAAGGUGAUAUCUACAGAAAAUGGCUUCACAGAGACUGCCAUUACACCUCUGCAAUUCAAUUAAACAGUAUUUACAAAAAAUACAAACGAAAACAAACUUUCGCAGUUCAAAGUUAGGGUUGAAAUUAGAUUGGCAAAGCAGGAUAAUAUUAGUGUUAUUGAUAGUGCUACUGUUCAGUGUGACGUCGAGUGGUAAUAGUUUCGGUAGGAAUUCUAUGCUGAGGACAAGAAUAAUUGGGACCCGGUACGGUAAAUUACAGGGUGUGAUAUUACCUAUGGAUCAGCAUAAGUACUUGAAGCCAGUAGAGGCUUAUUUGGGAGUACCAUAUGCGACACCACCAACAGGAUCAAAUAGAUUCGCUCCAACCCGCGCUCCAGCUCCUUGGGACGAUGUAAAAACCGUUGACCAAAUGGGUCCAGUGUGUCCCCAACGGUUGCCAGACAUUGAUAACGAGACGCUUGCCUUAGAACGAAUGCCUAAGGGCAGGCUCGAGUACUUGAGAAGGUUACUACCGCGACUGAAGAAUCAGAGUGAAGAUUGUCUGUAUAUGAAUAUUUAUACGCCGGUUCAAGUUGGUCCGACGUUACUUGCAAAGUAUCCCGUGGUCAUUUUCAUACAUGGCGAGGCUUUUGAGUGGAACUCCGGUAACGUGUACGAUGGGUCCGUACUGGCGAGUUACGCGGGACUUGUAGUUAUUACUAUAAAUUACCGCCUAGGUAUAUUAGGUUUCUUAAACGCAAAUCCAAUACCUCACGUAAGAGCAAGAGUAGCAAACUAUGGACUGAUGGAUCAAAUAGCCGCUUUACAUUGGGUGCAGCAGAAUAUUGCACUAUUCGGUGGGGACCCAGGAAAUGUUACUAUGCUUGGUCAUGGAUCCGGCGCUGCGUGUAUAAAUUUCCUCAUGAUUUCUCCUACAGUUAUGCCAGGUCUCUUUCAUCGAGUAAUCCUACUAUCUGGUUCAGCUUUAAGCUCUUGGGCGUUAGUGGAAGAUCCUGUGAACUACUCCGUCCAAUUAGCUAAACAAUCAAACUGCACCUUACCUGAGGAUAUCGUAAAGGACCAUGAAUUGAUCGUCGAUUGUCUCCGAGAAGUGCCCUUACAAGAACUUAUGUCUGCCGAAAUAAGCACUCCGAGCUAUCUAACAGCUUUCGGUCCCUCAGUCGACGGCGUCGUAGUUAAAACGGACUAUGCCAAGGAAUUGCUAACAUUUUUCAUACCAAACGACCUACAGGGUUUCACAAGCGUUUCUGGAGUGAACAAUUUUAAGGCGGACAAAAGGAGCGGAGAUAGAAUUUUCGGGAUAAGAGGAGGACAAAAUAAAUAUGAUCUGCUAUUCGGCGUUGUAACGAGCGAGGCACUCUGGAAAUUUUCAGCUCAGGACAUUCAGAAUGGUUUUGAGGGCGAAAGGCGGGAUAGAAUAAUACGGACAUACGUGAGAAAUGCCUACACAUAUCACUUGAGUGAAAUUUUCUUUACAAUAGUCAACGAAUACACGGAUUGGGAAAGAACUGUUCAGCAUCCCAUUAACACACGUGAUGCGGCAGUGUUGGCAUUGUCCGAUGCUCAAUAUGUGGCCCCAUUAGUGCAAACUGGGGACUUCCUUAGUGUGGCAAAAAGUUCGCCAGAUUCAGGGCCCAAUGCGUUUUUCUAUGUUUUCGACUAUCAGACUAAGGAUGGAGAUUAUCCUCAGCGAAUGGGUUCAGUGCACGGUGAAGAGCUGCCUUAUCUAUUCGGAGCGCCUCUUGUCGACGGUCUGGGACACUUUCCCAAAAACUACACCAAGUCUGAAGUGGCCCUGUCUGAAGCUUUCAUAUUGUAUGUGGCAAACUUCGUGAGAACUGGAAAUCCUAAUGAGGUCCAGCGACAAGAGUCGGUACUUCCGAUUUCAAGGGAGAGGAAUAAAUACAAGAGCAUCGUAUGGGAUGAAUACGAUACCUUGCAUCAAAAAUAUUUAGAAAUAGGCAUGAAGCCACGUAUGAAAAAUCACUACCGAGCGCACCAGCUGUCCGUCUGGUUGCGGUUGAUACCGGAAAUCCACCGAGCUGGCAUGAAGGAUGUCAUCACAAAACACAACCUAUUCCGCAACCACAACGACCCUGAAAUGUACGAUGGUUUAGUUCGGGCCGAUCCCCUUACGCGCGCGAAUUAUUACGAUCCCACAUUAGAGCUCUAUCGCAAAUCCUAUAAUGUAACGCUUGAUAUACCCACAACCACCAUGGACACCCACGUCACAACUUGCAUCAGCGUCAUGUCCGCUCGCCCCGGCGCCCCCGUCACUCAAAGUCAACCCAACAAUUCACAAACUCAAGACGUUUCUAAUUUAGAAGUGGCCAGCUACACAGCUUACUCGACCGCUUUGAGUGUAACUAUCGCAAUUGGCUGCUCUCUAUUAAUCCUCAACGUCCUAAUUUUCGCCGGCGUCUAUUAUCAAAGAGAUAAAACAAGAUUGCAAGUUAAAGCUCUCCAACAACAGAAACGGAAUCACAACUCCACUUAUGAUACUUCGAAACAUCCACAUUACUUUGUCGGUCAUUCCCAGAGUUCGAGCACGAUUGUCGAUAUCGACCACCAAGAUAAAAACGCGAUCAUUGCUAUGACAAAUCGCGUACCCCACUUUACGAAUACAAAUUGCCCGAACGUCUGCCACACGGGGAUUCAAAUGGCGAAUUUGAAGACGAGCCCCAAUCGAGGCCAAUGUACUACCUUGCCGAGAAAGGUUGGGUUCAGCUAUCAAAAUCAGAUUUGUAACGCGUCGAAUUGUAUGACUUUACCGAAGAAUGCUACGUUUAUGAGUAGUGGCAAUUUGCCGGAUGUUCAGGCUCAGACUGGACAAUCUCAGACGCCAGGAAAUGGUUCGAUACAGCCAACAUCGCCUCAGCAUUUUUCUCAAAAGUCUAGAGUCCCCCAGGCGGCAAUGUCGGAAAUGAAUGUAUGAGAAAUGGAAGAUAUUUACAAUUAUGUGUAAAAGUGAAUUUAGUAUACUUAAGAUCACUGCUAUACAUACUUGUAAAUAUCGCUAUGCGUCUAUGUAAAUAAUUUAUGCUUCGAUUUUCAAUAGUUGAAUGUUUGUUAUGACACGCUCUUACAUUCAAUCAAUAAUUUUAACUGACUAUUUUUAAGAUUCCUAGAAACCUAUUUAAACUAUUUUAUUCUUCUUUUUAAGCUGAUAAAAAAUCUGAAAUUUAUUUCUGUAAUUUAUGGUUUAGUUUGAUGCAACACCAAUAUCGUAUAUGUACAUUUGCGAUAAAAUUACACUUAAUUAUUGAAAAUCGUCUCUAAAACAUAAAUUUUAAUGUUCAUAGAUUAAGUGACGUCGUUUAAUUUUAUGUAAAUACAUUCCAUUAUGAAUGGAUCAGUAAAUUGAUUUCCGUAAUUCAAACCUCAUAUUACAGAAUUAUAACUUAAUGGAUUCACAAAAGCCAUUCAUAUAUCACAAUAUGUAAGACACUACAUCAAACAUGGGCAUGAAAAUGGGAUGAGUAUGGCAUAGUCCUUGGCUUACGUACAUACAUACAUACCUUUGGAUGAAAUUUUUAUGAACAAAUACAAUAUGUAUUAAUAGGGCCUAGAAGCCUUCUUAGCAUUUUCAGUAUUACUUAUACAAGGUAUCAAGAUAUCUUCUCGUUUAGGUUACAUUUUACAUAUUUCAUAUUACAGUCAAGGUGAACUUCUUGCCCGUUUGCUUCCGUUAUAUAAAAAUUGAAUGAGCAGUGUGAUUUAAUGUGAGUACAAGUGUAGCCGGUAGCCAAUCAACUCUGAGGUCUGCAUUAAUAGAUUUUUAUUUAUACAUGCGCAAUUUAGCAGCACGAAGACCAGGCUCGUGAAGACACUUAUAUUCCCCAUAUUUCUGUACGCGGCUGAAUCGAGGACCUUGCGAGAUGUGGAAAUACAGAAAAUAGACGCUUGAGGAGAAUGCUUGGGGUUUCGUGGACCGAGUUUCGUACAAAUGUCUCAAUACAUCAAAAAAUCGCAGUAGUAAGUAUUAAGCAGCGUCUGUUUUCAACAGUACAAUCUCGCAUCCUUACAUUCUUCGGACACGUAUCUCGGCAUGGUGUUCAGUACAUAGAACGCAUUGUCAUCCAGGGGAAGGUGGAAGGGAAGACACUAGACCGCGCGGAAGGUCACCUACGCGUUGGGCUAACCAGAUCAAGUCUGCCGUAGGAGGUUCACUCAAUGAGUGUAGCAGGAUGACCUCUAAUAGGCAACGAUGGCGAAACAUCGUGAAGCGCAUCAUAUCUGCCCUUUUUUAAUACCACUACUACAUAACGAUUACGACCUCUCUGUCAAGAGUGUACCGGAUAAGAAGAAGAAUUAAGCAGUGACUCAUACGGUGAAGAAACAAAAGACGGCGUCGUGUGUGAGACUUACAUGCCUAUUAUGACCAAGGAUUGUAGCGCCACUGUUUCAUUUUAAUGCGAAUGAACGUAAAAUACAUACUUAAUCCUUCAUAAUUGAGUGUUAUAUUAAUAAUUUCUUUAGCUUUCAACCUACAUCAUUUUAUUUACUAUUUUUUUAUUUUUAUGGGGAUAAUAUAUAUUCCGAAUACGGUUAAUAUAAUUGACUCCUAUGACUGGCUUUUGUGUACACACGCUAUAAUAAUGUCAUUUAAAAUGGCGUCAUUGUAAAUAAACUAGUAUAUUAAAGACUGUAAUAAUGUAAAAUUUAUGUAUAGUAUGUACAAUUGUCUUGAUUUAUUUACUUUCCAAAUUGAGAUUUCAUUCAACCGAAUAUUUACUUGAUGUAACCAUUCGUGUCUUCAUUUAUUUGCGUUGUGUAAUAUAUAUAAAUGUGGAUUUUGUGUACUUUCGCGUCUGGUCGUUAGGUUUUUACACAUGUAGCGUUUCGGGUUACUUUCUAAUUAACUUCUACUUCUUUAUAAUCCGUAUCAAUGGACUGUGUUAAAUGAGCGACGAAGCUAUGCUAUUCUAGGCGAAUAUUUCAGAAGGACAUCUGUGUCCAAUAAACCAAAUGCCAUCUACGAAAUCAAAGUCAAUGUUCGUUUUUAAAUGGUUAUAUAUAUAUAUCAAUUUUGUUUUCGGGAGAGGCCUAUGCUUAACAGUGGCUGAUAGGUUGAACCUAACACAAGUUCUAUUCAAAAUAUACUACAAUUACAUUGAUCACUAGUGUACGAUCUUACUCGUGAACGCUUUAUGUGAAAAAGCCUUAAACAUUCUUCUUACUUUCCAUAAUAAUAAAUAACAGUUAUGAAAUCUUAUGAGAAGUAUCAAAUAAAUUAUUAAGAUAUAAUAAAGUU